GCUAGCAGGUUCUGUUGUCACUCUGAGUUGUGCUGUUGAUAUUUUGCCUUCUCCGUUUCUCUCUCUUUCUAAGUUUAUACCCACAUCGCCGGCGGCGACCGGACGUCGGAGACGCCUUUUCCGGGAAGCGUACGCCAAAGUCGUGCAGAAGAUGAGGAUUUUUGUGAAGACUCUGAAAGGCACCCACUUCGAGAUCGAAGUGAAACCCGAAGAUACCGUGGCAGAUGUGAAGAAGAAUAUUGAAACGGUUCAGGGUGCUGAUGUCUACCCUGCUAGCCAACAGAUGCUUAUCCAUCAAGGAAAAGUUCUUAAGGAUGCUACCACAUUGGAGGAGAACAAAGUUGCAGAAAAAAGUUUUGUUGUGGUUAUGUUGACAAAGAACAAGGCCUCAUCAAGUGGAGCUGCAACUGCAUCAGCUGCCCCAUCGAGUAAGACCCAAUCUGUGAGUGAUACACCUUCACCAACACAGCCAGUAUCAGCAGCUCCAACACCUGCACCAGUUGCUGCACCUCCACAAUCAGCCCCUGAAUCUGCUCCAGUUCCUGCUCCUACCCCUGCUUCCUCGACAGAUGUGUACGGUCAAGCAGCAUCGAAUCUUGUUGCUGGAAGUAACUUGGAGACCACUGUUCAGCAGAUUCUGGAUAUGGGAGGAGGAAGUUGGGAUCGAGAAACAGUUAUUCGCGCUCUGCGGGCUGCAUAUAAUAAUCCUGAGAGAGCGGUUGAAUACCUCUAUACUGGUAUUCCAGAGCAAGCAGAAGUGGCCCAUGCCGCUCAACCUCCCGCUGGUGGACAGCCUGUGACGAAUCCAUCUCAGGGUACACAGCCGGCAGUACCUUCCGGUGGACCCAAUGCUAAUCCUUUAGAUCUUUUUCCACAGGGUCUCCCAAACAUGGGUUCCAAUGCAAGUGCCGGCACCUUAGAUUUUCUUCGCAAUAGUCAGCAGUUUCAAGCUCUGCGAGCCAUGGUGCAAGCAAAUCCUCAAAUCUUGCAGCCUAUGCUUCAAGAACUGGGAAAGCAAAAUCCACAACUAGUACGGCUGAUUCAAGAGCAUCAGGCUGAUUUCCUACGCCUAAUAAAUGAACCUGUUGAGGGGGAGGGGAACAUAUUAGGGCAACUCGCCGAAGCAAUGCCACAGGCUGUGACGGUUACACCAGAAGAGCGAGAAGCAAUUGAGCGUCUUGAAGCAAUGGGUUUCGAUCGAGCUCUAGUGUUGGAAGUAUUCUUUGCAUGCAACAAGAAUGAGGAGCUUGCUGCCAACUACUUAUUGGAUCAUAUGCACGAGUUUGACGACUGAAGUUACUUUAUUUCUCGCCUCUAAUUUAGCACUUGCAACUCUGCUUUUGCUCGGUUCUCCCCUUAUGUGCAAUUAUUUUUUCUUGCCAUGCGGAUCGAUUAUUAUAUAUAUUAUACAAUUGCUUUGUCAAACAUCCUCUUAUUAAUACACAAGAUAGAAUUUUUAAAAGA